AUGUCUUCUCUGACCACGGACCUUCUGAUCGUAGGCGGUGGCCCGGCCGGGCUUACCUGCGCUCUCGUCUUCGCUCGCCUGGCCAGGCCGGCAAUACUUUAUGAUUCCGGUCUCUAUCGAAAUGCACAGAGCAAAGAGGCGCACACCAUUCCUGGGUAUGACGGCAAGAGUCCAGCAGACUGGAGGAGAGACGUCGUCGCCGAGAUCCAGGCCUCCUAUCCAUGGGUCACAAUCCGGCGUGGACAGAUCGACAAGAUUCACAAAUCAGAAUCGGGCAUCUUCGAGGCUUCGGCUGCCGACGGUGCAUCUUUGAGAGCUCGCAAGGUUGUACUCGCUACGGGUAUACAAGACAAUUUGCCGGACGUUCCCGGUGUUGCUAAGAUAUGGGGAACCAAAGCGCUCCAUUGCAUCUUCUGUCACGGCACCGAGACUCGCUUUUCGCCCUUAGCGUUCCUCCUUGACGCAAAGAAACCUCGAUUCAAUUCAAUGGUAGUGGCCUCUUCACUGAGCCUGUGGCCAUCUCUGCGCCAUCCUGCAACUUACUACCUCACAGACGGUCUAGACAUUGCAGAUGAAGGUCAACUCGUCAAGUCGGGCUUGCAGUCCGAACUCAGGGUCAUCAAAGCAAAUGGCUCCAUCAUCAUCACAGAGAAGAUCUCGCGCAUCGAGGACACAUCGGAUGGGCUGCUGGUACACUUUGAAAACCACAGAGAGCCCUUGGCCGUUGGUCACGUGGCCGUCAUGCCCAAUUCUUGGUCUCCCAAUCCUCACAGUCGGGCGUUUCUCGAUGAAGCCCUCCUGAGCAGACCUUUGUCUCCCGAUGGAAGCAUUGUACCUGCCGAGUCUAAAGACCUCGAGGGUCGAGGCACCUUGCCGCCUCUGAUGGGCGACGAGCCUCGUACAGCCACCAGAGGCCUCUUCUGGGCCGGCAAUUCUGGAAGUUUCAUGGGCAAUGUCAUCAAUGCCAUAUCACAAGGUCAGAUGUCCGCUGUCAUGGCUGGCAAGGAACUAGGUGAUGAAGACUUGGCGCAAGCGAGACAAUGA